CAACCUUUGUGCUUCUUCUGUCUUACCCGUGACGCAACACUUGAACACUUCCGCUCCUUCCUCAGUCGUUAUGCUCUCGACGCUCAUCAGUCAUGGCAAAGAUCGAAUUCCCUCCCGGCUGGAGCAGUGAGCGUCUCAACACCAUUUCUGCCGAGGACUUCGCCCAGUUGCCAGAGGAUGAACGAGCGGCCUUGAAGCAGGUAGUGAGGCGACAUGCCUUUUCUCCAGAGUACGCAAAGCUGCAGAAGCUCAACAAAGCCCUGCCAACUAGCCCCGCGAGGCAGCCUACACCGCCCUCGUUUGUGCCCCCUGGGUGGACCAUCGAGCAGACGAGGGGCCUUGACAUGAGGCUUGUUGAGACUUUGUCUCCCGAGAACCAACGGCUUUGGGCAGCGGGUAAGUGCGCCGACACAGCGCGCCAGGCCCUCAAGACCGGCAAGGGCCAGUUGGUCGAGCCACCUUCCUACAUACCUACUGGCUGGUCGGCCGAGCAGGCCACGACGCCCACUUUCGACAUACUGUCGCGGCUCCCGCACGAGGAGCUCACACGGUACAUGCAAUCACGCAACGAGAAGAGCAUAUCGCUGGCCUCCCGCCCAGCCCCAACCUCGGGUUCCGAGCUGCGGCCUUCACCCCUUAUCCAGGCGCUCCAGGAAAAGAACUUCCCCCCGUGGGGCUUCGUGCUGGUGCGCACGUAUUACGCGUCUGAGCAGCGCUGGGAGGCCUUCCAGGCGAGGCUGAAUGCGCUGUGCGACGAACAGCUUGACCAGGAGGUGGGUGAGGGGCUGCAGAAGGUCAGGGAGUCUCUCGAGUUCAAGAUGAUUGAGGAUCCGAGGCUGGCGGGCGUUGGCCACGCCGAGGCAAGGAGGCACUUCCAUAUCGCUCGAGAGAUGGGCGGCGUCGCGGCCGGACUGGACCUGGCCGUGCUGCUGCUUGUUGACGAGGACGUCGUUGACUCGGUGCUCGAUGACAAGACGCGGUCAUCCUCCUCCGAGAGCGAUGUUGCCCUUCCGCCUCAUCUGGUUGCUGUGGAUGUCAGCGCGCCACCCGCAGGCGACGAGCAUCCUGGCUUCUUCCGCGUAUCUGCGGACGCGCUGCUUUCGGAACUCUAUCCUAAGCUCUGCAUGGGUCUUUCCGCUAGGGACCUGUGGGCCAUGCUUGGGGAUGGCCAAACUGUGUGGACUGGGGAUGAUCAAUAACCUAUAAAUCCACCUUUCUUUUUAUUUAUAUUUUUCAAGAAGAAAAAUAAUAACAAUACUAAGAACGAUGUAAGAACAUUGGGCAUGUAGCCUGAGCUUCGUGACGCAUAGAUAAGGCCGGGAAGCAUCGCUCCAGCUGCCGCUGUUGAUUAGAAGAUGGCGAAGC